AUGUCAGACCAAAUCCUACUAGAUAAGGCAUUGAAAAAAGUCGACUAUUCUUUUCGAUGGAUCGGGAUAAAUAUCGAAAGUUCCAGAAAAACAAAAUUGCAAAAUUUCCGUUACAAAUUCGUUUACAUUUUCAAUUUUAUCUGGCUGAAUAUGGACUUCUCCGGUGCCAUAGCUUGGUUUAUUGUUAAUGCGAGGAAAGGAGCCAGCUUCACCAUGUUGACUUACGUCGCGCCAUGCUUGACAAUGUGUUUCCUCUUCAAUACGAAAUGCAUCUUUAUAUACAUGUCAGACAACCAUAUAAACAAGCUUCUAAGCAUUUUGCGUAACUUGGAAAUCAGGCACCACGACACCAGUACACCACAAAAGAAAGAGAUAAUCAAAACCGACUCUAACUUUCUCUUUUUAGUAUUGAAGACGUUGCAUUUUUUCAACUGGUUUUUGCUUAUUGCUUUUCCUUUCAUGCCUCUUAUUUUGAUGGCUUUGGAUUACUACAACGCUAAGGAAGUACUAUUGAAGUUGCCGUUUCAAGUGGUGUAUCCUUUCAACGCUUAUGAUAUAAAGUACUGGCCUAUUGCGUAUUUGAGACAGAUUUGGGGAACGGUGAUAGUAGUAAUUGGAAUAAGCGGCGUAGACUACUUCUUCUUUAUAUGCGUGACCUGCAUGUGUGUGCAAUUUAAUUUGCUGCAAUACGACUUUACUACGUUAGCCAAUGACAGACGCAAUAGUUUGCAGACGAGUGAAGAGCUUCAUGGUAGAAUUGUUGCUUUAGUCAAGUGGCAUCAGGAGUUGAUACAAUCUGUCCAUUUGCUGGAGGUGAUAUACUCAAAGUCGAUUCUGAUUAACUUCAUUUGCAGUUCGCUGCUCAUCUGUCUUAGCGGAUUUAACGUUAUGACAAUAGACGACAAACCGUAUAUAAUAUCGUUCGGCAGUUUCCUGUUCAUGAGUCUGUUUCAAAUUCUGUCGCUCUGCUACUUCGGAGAUAUGCUUAUGAGAUCCAGCGUGAAAGUUAGUGACGCAGUAUAUAAUUCAAAUUGGUAUAUAACGAAGUCUGAUAUCUGUAAAGAAUUAAACAUUAUACAAAUGAGAGCUCAAAAACCUUGUAAGCUGACAGCUUACAGCUACGCAGAUGUAAACCUUACAGCCUUCGCAAAGAUUCUAAGUACUUCAUGGUCUUAUUUUGCCCUAUUGAGGACAAUCUACGGUUCCCCACGAGUCUAA